GACCAAAUAAGCAGCUGGAGGCUCCUGCGGCUGCGCCCCAGCCUGAGUGAGCCAAGACCCUUAAUCAGGCCCGCCCCUCUCAGCCGGCUCUAGCCGGCUCCAGCGGGGUCUCUCUUGGAGCCCUGCCCUAGCUUCCUCGCUUACAACCGAAAUUUAGUUUGCAACUUUUGUUCUUGAGACUUUUCCCCCAGGGCUUCUAGGAGGACAGCGGACCUCUGGGACAUUUAAGGACUUGGGUUCCUCGGCUCCCAGGAGCUCAAGUCCUAAGUGUCCUGACAGAAGACCGGCGGGCUCUUAGGGUUUGCUAGGAAACUACGAGACGAUGGGAGAACCGCUGUCCACUCAAAACCUUCAGCUCGGAAAUGACUAACUGAAACGUGGUUUGGAUGAAUGGGUCUCCAGUCUUAACCAACGCCGCUCCUGGAUGAAAGUUGAGGUAGACCUUGCAGGCAUCCAGGCAAGGAAGGGAACCAGUGAAGAAAUCAGAAUGAAAACCUGAAGUAGAUUGACUUGGAUCAUACUUCAGGGAGGAUAAUCCUUUUUCGUAUUUAAUGCUAUGAAUUUAAAGACUGCCUUUGAUUGGUUACUGUACAAAAACAUCGCACUACUGGGAUAGGCCAUAAAAUUCCAGAAGGUCGAGAUUUCAGGUUGCAACAUUAUACCUACUGAUUCUUUGGUGGACUAUCAACCCCUGAAAGGUCAAUGAAGUCACAUCUAGCAUCCUGUCUGUGGCCUUUUCAGAACUCAAGCUCUUCUUUCUGAUCUACUUUUGACAUCUUUUCCCUUGGACAAGCUGCCAGAAGUCUGAUCCAAAUUACUGCUGAAAAUAACCUCACCAUUGUACACAGGAAUUAUACUUUAUGGCUACAGUGCAUGUUCGUAGAAAGAACUACGUGGAUCAAGCAUGUGAGGCCAUAAGCAGUACUUACUGAGGAACACCAGGGUCGACGGAUUUGGAUGUACCAAUGUCUUCAUUCUAUAGUGUCCCAUCCUUUUACCAUCCCAGAGAAAAUGUUGCUAGAAGAGAAUAUUGUGUGGAAUGAGACCUUUUCCCAUAUUUUAUGAGCAAUAUGCAUUAAGAAAUGCAUCUAUUCUACAGAGCUCUAUAGCCCUGAAGAAGCAAGCAGCCAUAUACCCACAGACCAGAGAACAUGAGACUGUUUGUUAGCAGAAGAGUCAAAAGAUGGAAAAUUUUUCACUUUUUUGUCACUUGUUUUAUAUUAAGCUUCAUGGUUUUUUGGAGCCCAAUCAAUAAUUACAUCAUGAGCCAUAUGAAGUCCUACUCCUACAGAUACCUCGUAAAUAGCUAUGGCUUUGUAAACAAUUCCCUGUCUCUCAAGCACAGCUCUGUGCAGCCUCACUACCCAUACUUGAUCAACCACAGAGAGAAGUGUCAGGCUCAAGAUGUCCUCCUCUUACUGUUUAUAAAGACUGCCCCUGAAAACUAUGGCCGACGUUCUGCAAUCAGAAAAACGUGGGGCAAUGAGAACUAUGUUCAGUCUCAACUCAAUGCCAACAUCAAAAUUCUGUUUGCAUUAGGAACUCCUGGUCCACUGAAGGGAAAAGAACUGCAAAAAAGACUAAUCGGGGAAGAUCAAGUGUACAAGGAUAUAAUUCAGCAAGAUUUCAUUGAUUCUUUCCACAAUCUUACUUCUAAAUUCCUUCUUCAGUUCAGCUGGGCAAAUACCUUUUGUCCACAUGCCAAAUUCCUGAUGACUGCUGAUGAUGAUAUAUUUAUCCACAUGCCAAAUCUCAUUGAAUAUCUUCAAGGGCUAGAGCAGAUUGGAGUUCGAGACUUUUGGAUUGGUCACGUUCAUCGAGGUGGCCCUCCUGUUAGGGAUAAAAGCAGCAAAUACUAUGUUCCCUAUGAAAUGUACAAGUGGCCAGCCUACCCUGACUAUACAGCUGGUGCUGCCUAUGUUGUCUCCAGAGAUGUAGCUGCCAAAAUCUAUGAGGCAUCGCAGACACUGAAUUCCAGUAUGUACAUAGAUGAUGUAUUCAUGGGCCUCUGUGCCAAUAAAGUGGGAAUCUUGCCACAGGACCAUGUAUUUUUCUCUGGGGAAGGGAAAAUUCCUUAUCACCCCUGCAUCUAUGAAAAGAUGAUGACAUCUCACGGACACUUACAAGAUCUGCAGGACCUCUGGAUAGAGGCUACACAUCCUAAAGUAAAGAACAUUUCAAAAGGGUUUUUUGGUCAAAUAUACUGCAGGUUAAUUAAGAUAGUUCUUCUCUGCAGACUGACUUACAGGAAUUCAUACCCUUGUUGGGCUGCAUUUGCUUAGUAGUACAUGAAUGCUGUACUGUGUUAAGUGUCACUGAGCCAAACUUGAAUGGAAAAUAAUAAUCUGUAAAUGUUUCUCUCUACCCUAAGUCAAAUGAAUUGAAAGCAAAGAGAUUCAUUUCAAAACCCAGUCAAACUGGUCAGUGUAACUCCAAAUUAAACUGCAGCUUAAUUUCAUUUCAAGGAAUUCAUAUUCUAAACGACUUAGAUCAUGAGCAAGGGUAAAGUAAGAAUUUCAAGUUCUCAUUUGGUUCUACACAUGUAUUUAAGGUAUGGAGAACACCUGAGAAGCCUUGAUAUCAAAAUAAUAGUUUGGGGAAGAUACCUGAGAAAUAUAUAAUAUAGCAUUUCUAAAAAAUUAAUACCUCUUAGAACAAGCAAUCCCAAUUAUCUUAUUAAAGAGUUCUAGGUAGAGGUGGAGGGAGGCAGGUGAUGCAGAAGGAACGUGAUGAAAGGUUCAUCCGAAUGAGGACAUAUGUGGAAAAUGUAUAUAAUUUCUUAUAGUUAAGUCGUUUAACAUUGGCAUUCCUACAGCCAGUUACCUAGGCAGUUCUGGAAUCAUUUAAGAUAUAUUUGUUUCAUUUUCUCAAAUUUAAUUUUUAGUGUAAAAACUUUAGAAAGUGGUCAGCUCUACCCUAAUAAAAACUAUAUGUACGCUUUCUCUAAAGUUAUAAAACAAGAAUAGUUCCUGGCCCCUGGAGGACCUUCUUUAAAGAUAAAUCACUAUCAACUCCAAUAAGCUUGUUUUAAUUUAAUGAAUUAUUCAAUGGCUUUUAAAACACUAGAUAUUGGCCUCUGUUUAAGGUAGUUGUUUGGAUGCAGCUUACAAUGAGGAGUAUAAUAACAGAAGAGACUUAAAGGAAAGAUAGAACUAGGGGUAUAGCUCAGCAUCCAAAAGGGAAGACAAAGAAGCAAUAAAAGUCUCUUUUCCUUGUAAUUGUAACAUCAGCUUGGAGUCCAGACCAUGGCACUCAAUACUCAAAUGCCGCUUCCAAUAAGGUCUUGUAGGACACAGAUUUUGUUCCAAGUGAAGACUUUUAGCUUGAAAGUUUUUAAUAUAGUACCACGUCUAAAAUAAUCCAUUAUUUGACUCAAUAGCUAUCAGAGGUUAUCUUUUAAAUAUUUCAAACAUGGGAGCAAAAUAAGAGUGCUAGAGAAACUGACCAAAUGAGAUUAGAAAUGUUGGUAAAUCUGCAUGUUCUUUGUAAUCAGAGGCUUGGCAGAUCUAAUAAAUUAAAUUACAUUUAUUUUACAAAAUAGGAUUAAAACAUGUGGCUGGUAUGCAAACAGUGCACCAGCACAGAAAGGACUAAGGGGUAUUCAUCGAUUAAGGACCUGUAAUGCAGGUCAAAACACGAUUUCAGCAAAUGAAGAUGGAUGCUUAACAACCCUCAGACAGAUGCAUAUAAUAGGGAAAGUUUAGCUACUAUUAUUAGGGUGGUUUUGGAAACAAUGCAAAAAAAUCUAAAAAUACACAACUAAAUGAUAUCUGUGUUUUCACAGGUAGAUUUUUUUUAAAAAAAUGUUUACAGAAAUCUUUGUGAAGUUUUUUAUUAUGAGAUAUGAAGCUUGUUUAUCCUACUCGGGUAGUUUCCUACUAAUUUCAAGACUAGUGUUAAACAUUCUAAGGUAGUUAUCUUAGGGUAGAUUCAAGGUUUUAGAUGACUAACAGUUCAGAUUUUCUGAUCAAUUUUUUAAACACUAGAGAAUAAAAGUGUACUAGAGAAUAAAAGCAGCUUCAUAGUUAAUUCUCACCAAUUGGCCCUUUGCUAGCUGCUGGCUUUAGGUACACAUAGGAUAAUAUGUGUCCACGUUUCUACUUGGAACUGGUAAAAGUUGUCACUGGCUGGAAAAUGGUAUCUCUCUCUUGUAUACAAGAUGGUCCAUUGACACUGGUACUUUAUGAAGCAGUUCUUUGUUUGUUUGAUUGAGCUCUCUUGAACCUUGUUCAUCUUUUAGUUUUUGCUUAGAAUAGAAUGGAACUGGUUUGAAGUUAAAGGAAAUAUUCAUUUUGAAACUUGUUCAUUUUGAAAGGAAAUGCAAGUUUCAAAAUGAAAAAUAAAAUGAAAAAGGAAAUAAAUUAUUGUCCCAGAUGGUCACUUGAGUUUUAAAAAAUGGCUGCACACAGUAAAACUGCUAAAAACAAAAACUUACCUCAUUAUUGGUUUGCAUCUUUUUUCAGCUACUAAUUUUAUACCAAAAUGUUAAAUAUUUAUAUUGUUUGAGUUUCAAUCUUGUAUGGAAAAAAAUAAUUAGUAGGUCUAAAAAUGCCAUGCUUUCCAAUAAAGAAGUUAAAAAAAUCAUCAGUAAUGUGAAUUUAAAAUCCUGUGUGGGCAUCAUUCUGUGUAUCGUCACCUGCUGUCUUAUACCAGAAGAACCUGCACUACCCAUCCAUUGUCCUAUGUGUGCUCACCCUGCUGCUGUGCUCACUGGUGGGCUGUCAUGGAGCUACUUAAGGAGCUAUGCUGUGACUGUGGGAAAUGCUGUUUGUCCAGAAUGCCAUGACAAAAAGCUCUUGCAGUUUUAGUGUAUUAAGAUGCCAUCUAAAGAGGUUAGACUCUAUUCAUUAGCUGAAUAAAAGAAGAACUUGG